AUGGGAGGGACCGCACCCCGUCGACUCGGCGCGUAUAUCCAUGGUGGUCGAAUGGUUGGCGCGACCGCGAGCGAAGGGUAUAAAGCCUGCUGGGAUAGGUCUCAGACCCCAGUGCUCAGCGGCCCCCAGUCGAAGCUCAACCGAUGUAAAAUGUCUACCUCCUCUGUCGUGCACCUCUACGAUAUCAGCGUCGGGUCCAGCGUCGCCCUUGUCGAUCCUGUCACCACCGGCGACAUUGUGACUUUCCGCUCCACAGACGUCAACCUCAACGUUAACCCGGGCACUGGCAACAGCGUAAACAACAGCGUGCUUAACUUACUCGCUGAAAAUGGCGCAUUCCUCCUCACCAUCGGUUUCCGCAUCGGACAAAAUCCUGACGGGCCCUGGCUCGUCGAGCAGCGAGUGUCCAACGUCGCAGAUCAAUUCACCGGCCGCACGGGGAAGGCAAGCGUCACGGUAUUCGACCACGGGGACAAGUAUCAGGUAGUCAUAAAUGAGAAGACGGUGAUUCAGUACACCAAGCAGAUCUCCGGUCCGACAAAGAGCCUCUCCUAUGAAGCACCGGGGAACGCUUCCAUAUUCUCCCCGGAGGUCGAAGCGAAGACCUACACAAGCCUGGCGGCGCCCCAGCCUAACUUGGGGUAA